AUGGUGUCUACCCAACCAGAUAUCGCUCAUGCUGUUGGAGUAGUAAGCAGAUUCCUUUCCAAUCCAGGAAAAGAGCAUUGGGAAGCAGUCAAGUGGAUUCUGAGGUACCUCAAGGGUACGACAAAAAUGUGUUUGUGCUUUAGAAAUGCUAAACCAGUCUUGGAAGGCUAUACGGAUUCCGAUAUGGUGGGAGAUCUUGAUGGUAGGAAAUCUACAUCAGGAUUUCUGUUCACUUUCGCAGGGGGAGCUGUGUCUUGGCAGUCCAAGUUACAGAAUUAUGUUGCUUUAUCCACAACCGAGGCAGAAUAUAUUACCGCAGCGGAAGCUGGGAAAGAGAUGUUGUGGUUACAGCGGUUUCUCCAAGAGUUGGGAUUAAAACAAGAAAAGUUCAUGGUACAUUGUGAUAGCCAGAGUGCCAUAGACCUGAGCAAGAAUUCGAUGUACCAUUCUCGCACAAAGCACAUUAAUAUUCGGUAUCAUUGGAUACGUGAAGUGAUGGAAAGGCAGUUAUUGGAACUGAUCAAGAUCCAUACAGAUAAGAAUCCAGCUGACAUACUGACCAAGUGUCUCACAGUCCUAACACAAGGACUGAGGGAAUUCAGUUUUAAAACCCUUUUUUCUGCGACAGAAGGUUUCCAUGCCAAAAACAAGCUUGGCAAAGGUGGCAUCGCCCAAGUAUACAGGGGCAAGUUGACUGAUGGGGGCGAGAUUGCGGUGAAGAAACCAUUGGUGAUCUCAGAGAAGGGAAAGGAACUUGUCAUGAACGAGAUGAAACUGUUGUUGGGGUCUGCACACCACCGAAAUAUUGAGUUUGCAAGUAAUGGAAGCCUUGAUUACCUUCUUUUUAAUUCAGAGACUUGUAGAGCAGGCACACUUGACUGGAAGCGAACAUAUGCCAUAAUCAUAGGUGUUGCUCGGGGCUUGCUUUACCUUCAUGAACGAUCACACAAUGUAAUUAUCCACUGUGACAUUAAACCCACCAACAUCCUAAUAGAUGAAAAUUGGGUCCCCAAAAUUGCUGAUUUUGGCAUGGCCAACCUCUUCCCUCAAGAUCAAACGCAUGUUAAUAUCAAUGAAGCUACCGGUACACUUGGGUAUUUGGCUCCCGAGAACAUGGAUAAUGGACACGUCUCUCCGAAGGCGGACACAUACAGCUUUGGAGUAGUGGUUUUGGAGUUGAUAAGCAGUCGGAAGAAUUGGAAUUCCCAUAAUCAGUCUCCCAAUGGUCAAGGUCUAUGGGAUACGGCAAAUGAACUCUGCAAGGAAGUGAAGGUGUCAGAGUUUAUGGACCUGAAAUUGAUACCAUCGGCUAUCCUUGAUCAAGUACAAUUGUAUGUAAAGAUUGGGGUGCUGUGCACAGAAUUUGAUCUAGAACUACGACCCACCAUGGAUCCCGCGUACUCAAUGCUAUUAGAGAACCAUAGUAGCAGCAACACCCAAGUUAAUGAACCAAUGAGAGACGGAUCAUCAUCAUCAUCAUCCACAGCUUGA